GUAAUUAUGAAUGGGAAUACACUUCCGAGAUAUUUUACUCAUAAGAAUUUCUAGGGUUGCCAAUAACUGGCCAACAUGCAUUGGAGAAAAACAUUUAUUUCAUAAUUGUUUUACUUGUUAAAUUGUUAAAUUGUUUUACUUCAAUGAAAGAUUAGAAUUUUGUGAUUUUUUUUAAUGAAAGAUCAAAAGUAUAAUAAAGUCAGAUUUAUUACUUUGUUCAUAUUUACCAAGGGUUCCAAUAUUAGUGGAGGGACUGAAUGUCAGAAAUGCCAUUGUUGGUUGCGCAUUGCCUAUAGCAAAGGGGUGGAACUGGUUAUGCAAAAUAAAAGGUUUGUCACACACACGCCUCUCGUUCAAAACACACUCCCUUCGAGUUUGUCGUGGCAUAGCAGUGCUUGACAAUGCCACUGAAAUUCUAGUAACAGCAGAAACGAAACAUGAAGCAAGACAGCGAAGAACGAUGUCAAGUGCAAUCAAAUGGCGGAAGCAGAACUCUUCGUUCGUUUGUCAUAUUCAUCAUUUUGCUGAUCCUGUUCCUGUGUUACUGCAUUCCCACCUAUGAAAACUCAGAAAGCUGGAUGCCAAAAGUUGGAAAAUUUCCUCCAGAGACUCUCAUUAAUAAGACAACCAACAUUUCGCUGACUACAGUCUCAGCAGGGACUUCUGCUAAACCGUGGAAGCCUCCAGAACCAUAUUAUGUGGCUUACCCAAACAGGUAUAAUUUCAUCAUCAAUGAGCCACAGAAGUGCCAGAAGGAAAAUGUUUUUGUAAUGUUGAUUAUACCAGUAGCUCCAAGUAAUACGGCUGCUCGGGAGGCCAUCCGUUCAACGUGGGGUUCAGAGAGGUUAGUAGGGGACAAGAUAGUGAGCUUAUUAUUUCUGUUAGGUCUGCCCACGUCACAAGACAGCGAAAAGCUUCAAGAAGAUUUGUUGCAGGAAAGCGAGAAGUAUCAUGACCUUUUACAAAGUGAUUUCUGGGACAGUUACUACAAUCUCACCAUUAAAACAAUAGUAAUGCUAGAAUGGCUGUCUGCUAAUUGUCAGAAUGCAUCCUACGCAAUGAAGGUCGAUUCGGAUAUAUUUCUCAACGUGAAAAACUUGGUGAAUUUGCUUCUGUCAUCACCAAAGCAGAACUAUAUGUCUGGACUUGUGGCCAGGAGAGCAAUGGUAUUGAGAAACCCCCAUUCUAAAUGGUACCUACCACAAACAGUUUAUGCUCCAGCUCAAUAUCCACCCUACGCUCUUGGCUUGGGAUAUGUGUUCUCUCUUGACCUGACAGUGAAGCUUGUUGAAGCAGCCCAACAUGUCAAACCGGUUUACAUAGAGGAUGUUUUUUUAGGCCUAUGCAUGAAACAUUUAGGAAUUGAUUUGACUGAUCCACCUGAUGGAAGCCUAUUCAAUGUCUUCCCUGUUGAUUAUAACCGCUGUCGCUAUUCAAAACUCAUCGCCACAACGACACGAAGCUUGACAAACCAAGUUGAGUUCUGGAGGAAUUUACAGACACCUGGUCCGUAUUGCUAACAACAAAAAGCUGAAUUUGUGUAAUGAUCACAUGAUUCAAUGGAACACCGAAAACACAGAACCUGGGUUCAUUAAAUGUCAGCACAGCUAAGAUGAUGAACAGCCAAAGAUGAAGUAAAAAGGAUUUAAAUCAUUUUAAAAAGAAAGUAAAUAGCUGGACUAACAAAAGUUACUUUUUUUACUGUGCCGUUACACAUUUCUUUGUAUAUAAUAACUAUUAAUGCAUGUUGUUAUAAUGUCCUUUUUAGUAAAAUGCAUUUUUCAGUGUUUUGGCAUAAACAAUGGCUCA